CCGGUACAAUCCAAUGCAUUUGUGUUUUGAAUCGCGGGUAGUGCGCACGUGCUUUGUAGAACGUGUUGGCGCCAAGUUUCGUGUGGUUUUAUGCGUGUCCUGCGUGAAAAAUUUUUUUUUUAUCUUAACAGGGAAACUAUGUUCGAUUGUAAGAUCGCUAGAACAUGUUUAGGACCGGCGCUGGUGUGCGCCUAAUGAAAUUUAAUACCACUUUUGUUCACCAAUGAAUUGUGAAGAUGUGCUUAAUCAUCGUGUCGCGUUUGCCGAAACGGUAUCCUUGUACGAUUGUGUGUUUUGAAAGAUGUGUUAAAAAAUAGAACGUUUUUUGAAGGUGCUUCAUCGUUGGUAUACAAAAAAAGAAGUUAAACGCUCAGCGAUUCUUCAAGCGAGACGUUUGAAUAAUAGUUAUCAUUAAUUAGAAGCACAUUGGAAUGUUUUGUGUUCGGGAUUAAUUGUAUAGUGUGUAGAAGGAUAUAAAAAAAACUCAAAUUAUAACCAUUAAAAUCGUGCCAACGGACUGCUACUUGGAAACAUUUGAAAGAACUAAUAUAAUUGCAAACCGAUCAUUCCCGUCCACGAUCGUUGCAGCGUCCAACGGUAUGAUCUUAUUGCUCAACGUUUCAUUCGUCGUAAACAGUGCCGUAAAAGAUCAAUUUCAAUCAUUAGCAUACCAAUCUUUCCAAACGAGAGCUUAGCCGCGGUUCGGUACCAUACGAGACUAAACGUUACCAUCCCUGUCCCCUUCCGCUUCUACUCAGUAUGCAGUGGGGCUUGUUUACGUUUUUCCAAUUUUUCAUCGCAUAUCAUAUCACACGAGGUGAUAUAUCCAUCCCGUUCAGAGGUAUGUUCGGAUAUAGAAAAAAAGAAAGAUUCACUCAUGGAUCCGCGAGAUGCGGAUUUGCUAAAAAUAUUAUCUAAAAAAGGGAGAAAAUGUGAAUAAAAUAAACACUCCAACGGGUGUGUGUGUUGCACGGAUCGGCCGCGCGACGUUCGACAAUGUUGCUAUUCCUGUAGACAAAUUUAUUAACAGGAAAAAACGUAGCAUUAAAUUUAGAGUCGUUUUAUAAAUAGAUGCGGGAAUGGGAAUAUCCGCUGAGGAGCGUUGAAAUAGGUUCGCUCUUUACUGGUGCGGCGCGCAUAGGGUUCAGAGCAUCAAAAGGUUUGAUAUCAGGUUGCUGAUUGGCAAAACCAUACAGCAAGGUAGAGUUUUUCGUGUGCUAAGGUUUCGUUUUUCUGUGCUCGAAUCAUAUUUGGUUUAAUAUUUGGGUUUUCUAAACCUUCAAGAAACCAUUACAAAAAUUAAUUCAAACAGAAAGUAAACAUUACAAAUAAUUAGAAAAAAUGUUAAUUUUCCAACCGUGGUAAAAAGGAUUCCCGCGAUCUCCAAAACCAAAGUGAAAAAUACUUUUUAAAUGCAACGGUGCGGUGAAAUGUGUUGUGGAUGUUAAAGUGAAGAAAGUAUGCUCGGAUCCGAUCGGUGCUGGGAAACCAAAGUCGUAUCGUUCGCGAGCCUCUGCCAGCCGCUGCCGGUUCGAGCUCGUGUUGCACUUUUGCGCGCGUAUCGUAUGACAUGGGAGGAAUUUGGUGGCAUGUGAACGGAAUCAUAUUUCGGUGGUUCGGUACGAGCACAAAGAACUCUACCACUACUAUCACCGUCACCAUUGGUCGUGGAGGGUGAAGUAAAGAAAAAAAACCCUCCCCCAGUACGGUGGUUGGCCAGUUGUUGGUCAGCAGAAGUUCGGGUGGAAAGUGAAAGAACGAAAACAUCCUUAUCGUAAGCUGGACGAGAAACUAGAAAUUUCAUCCGUUUUUUUUUUGGUACUAGCGCGGUAGUGUAAUGCAAUCCUGAGCAAGCACGGUUACUAUGGCAACGGCAUCAUCAUCGGCGAGUACGUCACCGCCACGGAUAAAGGUGAAGAAGGAGAUAUGUACCGAUAAUGAUACGAUCAAGGAACUAGCCGAAACAGCUAUGAAUGAUAUACUGGGCUGGUACGGGUAUGACAGUGUUGAUCGGCUCGAGCUUGCAGCUACCAACGUACCAUCGGCUUCGGCAGCUAGCGUCCUCGAGGACGAUGGUCCGGUAGUUCGCCUGAAACCGGACAACGAAUCAUCCAUCUCGUCCUGUUCGUCCAAGACGAAAGCAAGCGCUCAAGCAUCGUUGAUGCCGGCAACGUCGAAACAUCAUCAUCAUCAUCAUCAUCUGCAACAGUCCACCAUCGGUGGUCAGUUUCUUUCGCGACAGCCAGAUGACCUGACGAUCAAUCCGCUUCCAUCAACGUCAUCGAACAGUGAGCGGCGUGGCCGAGAAAUGACGCCCUCGACAGCAGGCCGUACCGGGCUUUCUGGGUCUCCGCCAGUAACUGCACCGUCGUCGUCAACUACGACACGGAACGGUAUCAUCUUACAUCAUCAGGCGCAUCAUCAGCACCACCACCAUGCACCAGUUUCAGCCGGAGGUGGUGGUGAAAGUUCCACCUCGGAGAAGGACAGUUCGCGGGAAAGCUCCAAGAGUCCGAUGCUGAUGAAAAUGCUCGACAAGCAAGAACAGACGUGCCAGUGGUGUCGUAAGGUGAUACCGUCCCACCAGACCGGCAUCUUGGGCACUACCGAGGGUAUGAUAUUCUGCACCGAGGCCUGUUUCUCCCAGUCGCGACGGGCGUCCUUCAAGCGAGCGAAAACGUGCGACUGGUGUCGACACGUGCGCCACGCCGUCAGCUACGUCGACUUCCAAGAUGGAGCAUCCCAGUUACAGUUCUGUUCGGACAAAUGUCUCAACCAGUAUAAGAUGCAAAUCUUUUGCAACGAAACACAAGCACAUCUGGAGAUGAAUCCGCAUCUGAAGGAGAAAAGUUCGUCCACGGGAAGUCUUAUAACGCCGGAACUUUGGAUGAAAAACUGUAAAAGCUGCUCGAUAUCACCGGUGUCCGAUCGGUCGGAUUCGGUGUCACCAGUUCCAUCGAUACCAGUCCGCUCAUCGCCGGAACCCUCACCAAUUACACUUCGGUCUCAAACGCCGGCCAAAAAACCGCUCAUAUCUGUAGCUCCACCGUCGAAGUUACUCUCCAAGUCACUGCAACAAAGCUCCUUGAGCCGUUCCAAUCCAAAGAAUUCUCGUAAACGCCGAGCCGGUCUUAGACCACCAGGAGGAUCACAUGGGUCGGCCUCAUCCAAACGAUCUACGGCGUUACAGCAAGCCGACUUUGGCAGUGGUAUGAAUAGUAGCGGCACUAGCCUAAACAACAACAAUUUAACCAUCCCGAACAAUAAUCUUACCGGUAGUCCACCGGCUGUCAUUUCUACUGGGCCACCAAAGUCGGCACCCAAUGUGCAAGAUUUAAGAAUCAUGCAAAAGAAACAUAACGCCGUAGUGAAUCUGGCUUCCAACGAUGGACCACCGAUGGUGGGCUUCGAUGGACGCGAUCUAUCAGCGACUGGAGGAUCUCUUGGACCAGCACCCCCACCACCACCACCGCCACCACUAAGUAUUCCACCACAGUUCCUUCCCCCGCCGUUGAAUCUCUUGCGUGCACCGUUCUUCCCCUUAAAUCCGGCACAGUUACGUUUUGGGAGUGGGCUAGCAAACAUGCAGAACGCACAACCCCCAACGCAUGGACCACCGAUGGGUCCACCACCAAGUCCUCUGCCUGGUGGGCCUUUAGGUCCGGGCAUUCGGCCAUCAAUACCGAACAUGCUCGGUUUCGGUGCCGCUCCGCCCGUCACAAUUCUAGUCCCGUAUCCUAUCAUAAUACCGCUUCCAUUGCCCAUUCCCGUACCGAUUCCUGUGAUAGAUUUUUUGAAAGCCGCCCUACCGAAAGAAGAGAAUGGUAAAACAGAAGUCCGGUCUGAGCUAAAGAACGUUACGGCGGACGAUAAGAUAGGACCCGAUGGACCGGUAAUGACGGUUGAUAGUGACGAAAUGAUGGGCGAUGAACUUCCAGAGGCUUCGAUCGUAGAGGAGGAUUCAGAUGUACCGCUAGAUUUCACUGUUGGUGGGUCAGGCAAACAACUCGAUCGAGAUGUAGCGUCCACCUCAGCCAGAAGUAAGGUUUGGAGUGAAUCAGAACCUACGAGCACGGUUGAAACAACAAGCGGGACGAGCGAUGGGACAGCAACGUAUGCACUUUCUACUAUUGUCCCGAACGGUUCCGAACCUGUUCCGAUGCUGAUGGGCGAUGAAGAUCAACGAGACGCUUCGAAACAUGAAUCAGCGAAGAGAUUAUUGCCGAAGUUUAAAAUAACCCGCCUCGAGGUAGGAAAGCUUCAUCAUGAAACGGAAGAAGGAAAUGGAAGUGGUACUGAACCAACCAAGGAGGAGACAGAUAUCGAACGUGAACGUAAAGAGAUGGUGGAACGAAGUCGACCUUUGAGAAAACGGAAGCGGCUCGUAGUACAGCAGCAUCUGCACACAAAGCAAGAGCUGCAGGAUCCUGCGAAUGAUGUCAUUACGGAGGAACAAGAGUACGGUACGGGGGUUGAGUUAAGGUCCGGUAAUAAAAGUCAAUGAAUGGUUUGGGGUUUGAAAUACAUGGUGCUGUAUAGGAUCGUUUCAAAUUGUAGCUACUCCAGUCUUAGGAUGUAAAGGCCUGCAGAAGGCGUUAGAUUAGUGUUUGCCGUGACGGUAGGAAUGAAAUUCACCAUCUUCCGGACAGAGGAUUUAAAACAUAAAACGUGCACGUGCGUUUCUCUAACCUUUUUCUUA